AUGUCAUAUUAAUUUGGAGGAAGUUAAUUGCAAUAAUAAAAUGUACCUAAUGCUAAAUACAAAACCAUGCUAUGUCGUCAUUAUUAAGGUAAUAUAUUUUAUUUUUUUAAAGCUACUAAAUAAUGUGCUAUUGGAACUAAAUGUCAAUUUGCACAUGGAACUGAAGAAUAAAGAUAAAUUAAUGGUAAUUAACAAUAUCUUAUCCUUUAAAGAUCCUUUACCUGCUUCUGCUUUAUCAGCCAUGGCUACUGUUAUUGAAUAACCAAUAAAUAAACCUUAAUCUCCCAUUUUUUAAAGUAUUGCUUAAAUUAUUAUUAUUUUGUUCCUUGUAAAUACCAUGCUUAAAAUUAUUGUAAAAAUGGCUAAAAUUGUUAAUAUAUUCAUGGUAUUUUAUUUUCUAUUUUAGACUCUGACACAACUCCAUAAUAACCAAUACCAUUUACAUAAUAACCUUAGAUCUCGCAAUCUGUCUAAGUCUAGCAAGAAGACCCUAUGCAAUCAGUCUUUUAACAUAUUAUAUUUGAAAUGCAAUAUAUAUUUCCAUAAGAUGUGAGAUAUACAAAUAAAAUAUAGGAUAUAAUAUAAAAAUUAAAAAUAGCUUAGGAAUAGGUAAGAGUUGGUAAUCUUAUCACUGUUGCUGAGUGUAUUAAAAAUAUAAUUCAUGCUCCAGAACGUACUUAAGAAGAAAUACUUAAAUAUACAAAUCUCUAUAACUAGGCAGUCACAUAUUUUAAUCAGAUCUCACAAACAAAUUGAAUUUAAUAUUAAAAUAAUUAUUAUCAUCUAUAAUAAUCGAUUCUAGACUCCUUCUUCAUUUCAAAAGAAAAUUAAUACAAUUUAUAUAAAUUAACUAUCCUCUGAUAAUCUUACUAUAAAUCUAAUGUGA